AGGACUAACCAUCUUGAGGAUCAUAUUUCUGACGUCACCAAACUACCAAAAGAACUCGUUCGUGAAGUCAGUGGUCACGUGGCCUUUGAAGAACUACAGUCUCGGGUGUGGCCAAUCACACAUUUUCCAGACCGAGCGAUAAAUGAAGCAUCUUCAAGGCUCGUCAACUUUCACGCUUCGGCAUUUCCCAUGGAGAAAACCAUACAACAGCGCCAUCGUGUGAGGAUUGUGCCAAUUGCUGAGGUACAAUGCACGUGGAAAGAUUCUUUCACUGCCUUUUACGUUUAUGGAUUCGAAAACAAAGUUUACUUUCCAGACUACCCUCAGCAGUGCUGCUGGGGCUGCACACUACUCUGAUCUAUUAGACUUCCUAUCCACAUCCAAUCUUCCACUACUCCGAUCCACAUCUAAUCUUCCUUCCAUGAUUUAAAUUAGAAAAUGAUUCACCACUCGAACUUCCUUUAAAAACUUGCUUGUUCGAAGGUUAUGUAUAUUAAAAUAUAAAGUUGAUUCCGUUAUUUGUUGGAAAAAUCUAGAAUAAAAUUUUUAGAAAGUUAUUGUAA